GAGACAUUAACGCUGCACAAGAUAAAACUGCCACUUAGAGCCCAGGAGAGCUAAAUCUUCCUGGGUUGGCCUGGGGGCUUGAGCAGAGUCAUGGGUUCUCUGCAGUUGCAGCUGUGCGCUCUCCUCUGCCUGGUGGCUCACUCGGUUUCUGGCAGCCCCAUCAUGAGCCUGGAGCAGUCACCUCUGGAAGAAGAUAUGCCCCUCUUCGAUGAUGUCUUCUCAGAGCAAGAUGGUGUCGACUUCAACACAUUGCUUCAGAGCAUGAAAAAUGAAUUUCUCAAGACACUGAACCUAUCUGACAUCCCUUUGCAGGAUUCAGCCAAGGUGGACCCACCCGAGUAUAUGUUGGAACUCUACAACAAAUUUGCAACAGAUCGGACCUCCAUGCCAUCGGCCAACAUCAUUAGGAGUUUCAAGAAUGAAGAUCUGUUUUCCCAGCCAGCCAGUUUUAACGGACUCCGAAAAUACCCUCUCCUCUUCAAUGUGUCCAUUCCUCACCACGAAGAGGUCAUCAUGGCUGAACUCAGGUUGUACACACUGGUGCAGAGAGAUCGCAUGAUAUACGAUGGAGUAGACCGGAAAAUUACCAUUUUCGAGGUACUUGAGAGCAGAGGGGACACUGAGGGUGAAAGAAGCAUGCUGGUCUUGGUGUCGGGGGAGAUCUAUGGCACAAACAGUGAGUGGGAGACUUUCGAUGUCACCGAUGCCAUUAGACGUUGGCAAAAGUCAGGCUCAUCCACCCACCAGCUGGAGGUCCACAUCGAGAGCAGACACGAUGGAAGCGAGGAUGCUGGCAGAGGACAACUGGAAAUAGACACCAGUGCCCAGAAUAAGCAUGUCCCCUUGCUUGUCGUGUUUUCCGAUGACCAAAGCAGUGAGAAGGAACGGAAGGAGGAACUGAAUGAAAUGAUCGCCCAUGAGCAGCUACUGGAUCUUGACAACUUGGGCAUGGACGGUUAUUCCAGUGGGCCAGGAGAAGAAGCUUUGCUGCAGAUGAGGUCAAACAUCAUCUAUGACUCCACAGCCCGCAUCAGAAGGAACGCUAAAGGAAACUACUGCAAGAGGACCCCGCUCUACAUUGACUUCAAGGAGAUUGGCUGGGACUCUUGGAUCAUCGCCCCACCUGGAUACGAAGCCUACGAAUGCCGCGGGGUUUGCAACUACCCCCUGGCAGAGCAUCUCACACCCACAAAACAUGCAAUUAUCCAGGCCUUGGUCCACCUCAAGAAUUCCCAGAAGGCUUCCAAAGCCUGCUGUGUGCCCACCAAGCUAGAGCCCAUCUCUAUCCUCUAUUUAGACAAGGGCGUUGUCACCUACAAGUUCAAAUAUGAAGGCAUGGCAGUGUCUGAAUGCGGCUGCAGAUAGAAGAGUCCUGGCUUAUUUAAUAACUGUAAAUGUGUACAUUUUGUGUUCCUAUUUAAUGAGAUUAUUUAAUAAGAGUGUACAGAUCAUAAAGGCUCGCUGCCUUAGGGAAAUGGGCAGGUCAGUUUGUUGUAUCAAAUGCAUAUUUUGCUAAUACAGUCUCAUCCCUUCCAAUCUGUUUUUUCUUUGGACUCGGCAUUUUCUGGCAAUGCCACGUCCAAUAGCAAGUGGCAACCCUCCCCCCAAAUUGUCCUCUAUUUUUAUUUGAAAACAAUAAGACCCAAGCAGAAACAGCGUGUUGGAUG